AAAACUUUUGAGCUUGAACGGCGAGAGCUGCUGGACAACAACAAGAAGAAGUGGGAGGAAGCCAUCCAGGCCCACAAGACACAGGAGCUGGAAUACCUGCAUGCCAGUAUGAAGAAGGUGGAAGAGUUUGAGAAACAGCUGAAUCAGCUGCGGCUGCAGGAUGGAGAGAAGUAUAACAGCAUGAAGAUCAAGCUGGAGAAUGAUGUGCAGAACCUGGAGAGGCAGCUCCAGCAGGCGAAAGCCGUCUAUCAACUGAACCAGGAGAAGCUAGAGUACAACCUGCAGGUACUUAAGAAGCAGGAUGAGGAGAACACCAUCAUCAGAUCCCAGCAGAAGAGGAAGCUCAACCGGCUCCACACCUUGCUCAGUAACCUGAGAACAAAACUGGCCAACCAAGAGAAGCAGCUCCGAGAGGAGAGCCAGAGCCUGGCAGUUGACCUCGAGCGCAUCACGGGGCAGUGCAAGGAGGUGCAGAGGAGGAUGAGGCACUUUGCUGUCAGCGACGUUGAGAAGUUCACAGAGGUCUGGCUUAUGAAUGAGGAAGAAGCCAAAGGGCUGAUGCGAGAAGCCCUUGAUGCAGAUCGCAUCAUUCACACCCAGCAACUGGGGCUUCACUGGGAAGAGCCUCAUUACUGGUUCCUCAACAACGUUGGCCCCCUCGGGCAUUCCAAAGCAAAGAGGAUGGCGACCAAGCUGGCUGUGGAGGUCCUGACAGAGAGUGGCUCUGAGGAACAGGAGGAGGAAGGGAGAGAGAAGGAGAAGGAAGAAGUGGGCAGUGGAGAAGGAGGAAAAGAAAACACAGCAAAAGUUGAGGAUGGAGUCACACCUCUGCAAAAUAUCUCCAAGAGGACAGCCAAGAGGAUCCUGGAGCUCGUGAGCGAUGAGUCGGUGCGUGAUGACAUGGCCUUGAUCAGGGAGCAGGCGUGA